GUGUGUGACAGCAUCUGAAGUCUGUUCAGUGGAGUUAAUAAAACAAUGUUGUCGUUUGAAGACCUGAUAACAAGCCUGCAGGACUGUGUGAUCACCGAGGACCAAGCAGCUGAAAAUGUCAACCAAACUCUCAGACUCUUUAUCGAUAAACUGUCCGAGUCCUCCAGGAGUAAUGUGAAAAGAUGCAAAGAGCGUUGUUUAGAGGAGGCUGUCCAGCUGCUGAGACAGAUAUCAGAGGCGCAGCUUAAUGUUGUAGAGGAGAGCCACCUUCUGCUUCUUGUCAGACUCCUUCUCUCCACGCAGCUGCAGAUGGUCAGCAUCUCCACAGCCUGUCGCAAAGUGGACCAGAUGUUGCAACAUUUGGCAAAAGUGGACCACCAGUUGGUUUUCAGGGAAACCCAACACUGUUUGCACUCCAUCGUCCACACUGAGCAGGUGUUGUCCUAUGAUGAUCUGCAGAGAGCUGGUAUGUUCCUGGAAGACAGCACUGUAGGUCGUGAGGUGUGGCGAGAGUCAUUCUCAUCUUUGUUGGAUAAAGUGUCCGAGUUAUUCCCGGUUGUUUUGCAACAAGAAUCCCUGAGAGAUGGACCACUGUGUUACAUCAGUGUCAAGGUGUGUUUGCAAAUAUUCCAGCUGCUGUCCAUUGAAGUGGCUCCUCUAGUGUGGGACAAGGAGCACAGGAGCCCAACAGUGCAGAAGAUCCUGCAGGCUCUCAUGGACAUAAUACUUGGACAGAGCUGCAACAGGGAUACUCGUUUCUUGGCAGGCACCGCCGUGGCCAUGCUGAUCAACACAGCGUCAGAGAGCAGAGCUGGAGACGCUGCUGCCUGGAGUCUGCUACAGGUCUCUCACUCAGAGCCGUGGCUGCUUUCUGUUGGUGCUCUCCAGGUACAGUGCUGCCCCACAGGGAGGGACGGAGUAGACAUGCUGGCAGUGAGCCGAGGCCUCCUGACCUGCUGUCGACCUCUCAUCUUGCUCGGUUCACAUGCGGAUGCGACAAAGAUGUGUUUACUGCUGAAGGGUUUGUUUCCUCUGGUCUAUUCCCUGUGUGAGAAGAAGAUGGAUAGUCACUACUUUGCUUUUGAAGCGUUAACACUGUGGCUGAAGAAAGUUAAAGAAUGUCUGGCCGAUAUUUGGAAGAUGACUGUCGAUCGCCUUCUGCCUGAUGACAGCAGUCUGCUGCAAGAGCUCAUCCACAUUAUCUGGACCAAUGCAGAAAGCCCAGUGGAAGGUGUGUCAGAGUUUGUGCGCAGUGCCUUUUGUCUCCUGCUUGACCUCUAUGAGAUGGACUGUGAGCAGUUUCAUGACACAAAGAAGACUCUAUAUGUUACUCUACUUCACCGAAUAAUCAAACUACCUUGGGAAGCCAAAGCCAAAUAUCAUCGCCUGUGUGCCUUGCUGCCAUAUCUGGGUACUGACAUGGUGCUGGAUCAGUAUGCUGAAAUAACCAAUCAUCUCCUGAAGUGCUUGUCGACCAACCACCUUUCACCAUGUGGCUCAGAGCUGUACAAAUGUCUGAUCCAGCAGCAGAGGCGAGAGCUGUAUGAUGGCUCACAAAAGUCUACUUCAUACUCUGAGCUGGAUCUGGCCAACCAGUGGGCGAGGCGUUGGCGGCCUGUCCUUCAUGUGGCGCUGACGUCUGAUGUGAGUCUUCUACAGAACAACAGCUUUACACACUUAUUACCCUGCACCUUUCAAGUCUUCCCCUCUGCUGUGGACCCUCUGAUGGCCUCUCUCGACCCAUUCGCCCCUGGACACCUCCACGCCUGGGCCUGCAUUGUGAGCUCUUAUCGUGCCACGACUGGAGGCUCUCCUUGGGCUCUGCGUGGGACCUCAACCCUUGAAACCCUCCAGCUGGCUCUGGGAUCUGCAGAUGACAAAGUCCGUCUAGCUGCUCUCAACCUCCUCUGCUGCAGCCCAAAGACCAAAGACACUCCGACCACAGAGGAGAUGUCAAUAAUGAGGGUGUUUAUUCCUCAGAACCUGAACUGUGAGUCUUCGCCUUUUCGACAGCAUUUUCAGGCUGGAGUGAAGAAGUUUUUGGUUCGUAUCAGAGACGGCUGCUUGGCACUUGUCAGAGGACAGAAGGGCAAAAAGAAAGGAGACACCACUGACUCUGAGAAGGCACAGGAUAUACUGGAGCAGGGAAUAGGGUUUGUGGAAUGGUUGGGUCAACUUCCGUACAGCUACCUGGCACCAGGGCACAGUUAUCAGAGGAAGAAGACCGCUUUGCUGUUGCUGUCUGCAGUGCUGGAGACCUGCACCGACACCUGGAGCACAGACAAAAAGAAGGGACAACCUCCAGCGAAUGUUGGAUCUCUCAUUAACUGUGCCAGACAAAGAGGACAGUGGGACUUCUUCUGCAGAACAAAACAGCUGGUCCUCAUCAGCUGUUUAGAGGAUUCUACGAAUGAAAUUCGGGAGCUCUCAGCUGGGUUAUUGUUGAGGUUUUUCCCACACAGUUUUCCAGGUGACAUUGCUGCAGUGCUGCUCAUGCGAAGCAAACAGCUUCUGUGCAGUCCUCGGGUGCAGGAGGCUCAGAUGGGAGCACUGAUGAUUAAGGUCCUCCUCCAGAAAUCACAAGGCCAGCCUGAGGACUGCAGGCUGAAUAGUAACAGUGGAAGUAACCCCAGCGCCUCCUGCAUGGUCAGAUUCCUGGUGAAGGAGCUGGAGGAGCAUUAUCUGACAGCCAAGGCUGACAUGAUGCUUGCUGCUAGAACCAAGCCGAUACAUGGUGUUCUAAGUGCCCUGCAGAGGUGUUUGCUUCAGGCCCCCAGCAGUGUCUGUGACACACUUGACCACAGUUUGACCGUUGAGGUGCUGGUCCUGCUGGAGAAAAUCUCUCUGCUGCUGCUGGGUGUUCUGUAUGGAGACCGGGAUACUUGUGCCACUGAAAAGGAUGCACCCCCUUCUUUUUGUGAUAUGGGAAAUGCCAUCAGCUCUCUCAUAGCCCAGGAGUCCGGAGGAUGCCAAGAGGAGGGAGAGGAGUGUGUCCUGCUAUCUGAGGAGCACAGCCUCGUUCUCACCUGCUGCUGGGUAUCCCUCAAGGAAAUAGGAAUCUUUUUAGGUUCUCUGGUGGAGAAAAUUCUCACUGAAUCCAAACCCAGCAAGUGCCUCCUGACAAAAGAAGAUCUAACAAGAGCAUCAAAAGUUUUCAAUAGUAUUCUUCUCAAAUGUCGCCACUGGGGGGCAGUAGAGGGAUGCUGUGCAGGGUUCACCAAGUUCUGUGCCUCUCUGUUGAGCAGCAGUGAUCCAGAGCUUAGGGAUAUCCCAGCCCACAUGCUGAAACAAGGUUUGCAGGUUGUGCGGUCCCCUCGUUCUACCUCUGUGACCCGGCGGGCUGCAGGGUUGCCUAUGCUCAUCCUGUGCGUUUUGUCAGCGGAGGAGGCCAGUAAAACCAGACCACUGUUAGCCUACAGUAUACAAACCUUACUGGAGACAGCCAAAACCCCUCUACCUGAGAACUGGGACCAAACACUGGACCUGCCACAGGUGUGUGCGGUUCACACUCUGCAGGCCUUGGUGCGUGGUUCUGGUCUGGGAGCAGCGGUCCUUCAGUUUGCACCUGCUGUUGCCAUCUUGUCACUCACUCUGCUGAGUUCUCCCUGCUGGGCCAUGAGGAAUGCUGCCCUGCAACUUUACAGUUCUCUGUGCUCAAGGAUGCUCGGCCAGCGGCCCAGCAGUGAAGAGGGUGGACCCACGCAGCAUGGCAUGUCCCCCCUUGCCUUCUUUGUCCACUACCCUGCGCUCCUGCCCUUCCUCCUGACUGAGCUGAGAGGAGCAGCACAAGACCUCCAGGGUCCACCCAAUGAGGCCAAACUACACCUCCAGCCCUCGCUCUUCCCUGUUCUCACCCUGUUGGCCCAGCUCCAGCCUGGUGUCCAAGACUCAGCACAAACUUUGUCAGACUUCCUGCCUCCUCUGCUCCAGCUGUCUGCCAGUCCUAUUAACAGUGUGAGAGUGAUGGCCUCGAAGGCUUUGGUUGCCAUGACUCCCCCCUCAGAGUACAUGAACAUCCUCAUCAAACUGACAGCUCAACUGCCCGGUCCGCAGGAGCGCUGCUGUCACAACCGGCUCCACGGACAGCUGCUGCAGAUCAAAGCUGUUGUAGAGAGAGCGCUCUGCACAGUCAGUGGCCCUUCAGCCGACCUGUGUGAGGCGCUGCGAAGGGUGGAGGCCUCGCUGUGGCUGGUGACUGAAGCUCAGCGCUGUCCCCCAGUGAGAGCGGCGUACCUCGGAGUGGCAGACUCACUAAGAAGAUUCUGCAGUGAGGACUACCUGUCGAAGCUCAGCGACACGCUCGUGCAUGACCUCCAGACACCUCAACAGGAGCUUCAGGUGGGGUUGUCAUCCUUUCAUCAACUAGCCAUCCACUUCCUGUGUGCUGAACUUAAGUGGGCACGUCAAAUCUGGGACAACUUUUCUGCGGUGAGCCCGGAUCUGAGGCUGUCAUUGGUUAUGUGGGUGGUGGAUUGGCAGGGUUCGCAGCAGACCGGCUUGAAAGAGAUGAUCCUGAGGGUGUUGCAGUCAAACCUGAGGGAGGCAUUGUUGAGCCACAGUGUGGAGUACCGCAGGACCUACCUCUCAGCCCUGGUGGCAGUGAUGGCCGGAGGUGAUACUUCUUUACCCCAACAUCCUCCUCAGUGGGCCCCACUGGAGGAGCCAGUUCUGCCUGUGUGUCUGGAUUUGUUGCUUAGGGACCUGGAGGACCAGCGAGGGGGGCCAGAGUUUCUGUCCCAGGCUCUGUAUGCUGCCAGUCUGCUGCUUUCCCACAGCUCAGACUCCAGUGUAAAGACAUCUGUGUUUGAGCGCUGGUGUAGCGUCUUGGAAUGCCACCGAUCUCCAGACGCCCCUGAAGUGCUCAGGAUGGCCUGUGCUGAAGCUCUGUGUGUGGCUGGAGUUCCUCUGAUGAGCCACAGCACUCUGCCUGCCCUCAUGAUCAGGUUGAUCAACACGGGUCUUUACUUGCUGCAGGACCAAAACCAGCAGGUUAGAUUUAGAGCGGCCUGUUUCGCAUCCAUGCUCCAUCACGCAAGAAAAAGAGAAAAGAAGAGGAGCGUCUACCUGAUGCAGGUUAACCAGGCGCUGCCCCUCAUACUGGACCUGCUGCUGGAGGAAUGCUGGGACACUCCUGGUACACUAGAGGUGCUGCUGUGUCACCUGCCUCAGCUGGACAUCAGAUCUGUGCUCGCCUCGGAGACAGGAUGUUCCAGCCUGUAUGAGCAGGAUGAGGCCAAUGUGUUUGCAGAGCCCUCUGUGAUGUGUGCACACAUGCUGCCAUACCUGCUGCAGAUGGCUGAGAAAUACUCUGAAUCCGCUGCCGUGGCUCAGAGCCUGUGUGCGUGGGCAGAGGAAAGCACUGCACAGGUGCUCGACGGCCUUGCGGUCUGCAAAGAGAUUCAGCCAGCUGAUAAUUUGACCCCAGACUGGCUGGUUUUCCUCAUGGACCCCCGUUUCCACAGCACCCUGUGUGGCCUGUUCACCAGGGCUGCCUUUCUCCUCCAUCUGUUGAUAACAUCUGAUGAUUUGCGACACCUUUGUGAUCUUGCAGCACUGCAAAUGAGUUUACAGGAAGUUUGUAGUCUGCUCAGUCAGAACGGUGUCUACUUUCCAUCGGCUGUAACAGCUGCUGUGGCUGGAGAGCUGCCGCUGUGAUGCAACUAGGGGCUCAUUCAGUGAGCAAAUUCCUUUUGGAUAAAAUUACCUGUGGAUAUUUCAAGAGUGGCCAUGACAUCUGCAUAUGCAGCGUUAGUCUUGAAUGAGUACUGCUGAUGCUGCAGUACACUAGUACUUGGCAGGCUGAUGGAGUUAUGUAAGAGCUCAGUGGCUGCAGUCUCUUAUCCAACACCAUAUUACCUACAGAGAAGAGACCCAAGGGGCAUUAGGUGCCAUCAUCCUCAGAGGGUCUGGAGGCCUGUUUUUGCUACAGUGCUUUUAAAUGAGAGUUUAUGAUGAUAUAUUUUCUGUAGCUUUAUUCACAUUUUUAUCACAAAGCUUUUUUAUGCAGAUGUACAGCCACCAGAUUAGAUUUUGUUUGUAUGAUCACAAUCACCUCAAAGCAAUAACUGGUAUUCCCACAACAGUGCUCCUGUCCUCAAGUUGUUAUGUCUCAGCAGAGACAGUGGCAGCGCUCAGGCUGAUGCAAUGACGUAAUGCAAUAGCAUCUGCAGAAACUGGCUGUUUGGUGCCCAGCAGGGGAAUACAGUGUGUGUUUUGAUGCUCCAUUAGAGACCUUCUGCCUGGAUAAGUGUCCAUUUUGUCAACCACUUGAGUGCUGAAGAUGAUUGACUGGAUCUGAUAGAAAGCUGUUGGUUGCUUCGUGGCGGACCACACACUAGAGCAGUCUUACAUCAUCAGAUAUCCCGUUACUUUUGUUUGAGAUGGGUGGCUUUCAGCAACAUACAAAAACACUGACAUGUAAAAUAUUGGACAUGCUAUGGUUAGCCAUGUUAGGCUUCUUAUUAAAGGUCCAGUGUGUGGGGCAUCUAUUGGAAAAAAAUUAUAGUAUUUAUUUAGU